CUCUCUCUCUCUCUCUCUCUCUCUCUCUCUCUCUCUCUCUCUCUCUCUCUCUCUGUCUGUCUGUCUCUCUCCAACGUCAGCUGCGUACAAAAACAGCUUGUCGACUUCAGCCACAUCAGGCAAGAAGAUGUUCCGUCGCCACGCCGAUUCCAUGUAGGUUAUAUGAUGCUUCUGCUCCUUCAGGUGGUCGCGAUACAUACAGUGUGCCAGUAUCGCGUAUACUCCGGAAUACUAACGCAGUGUGACGCAGCGUGUUACACUGACACAGGACCGUUUUCCCUCAGACCAAAGCUCGUUAUCUGUGUAAUUUAUUGACUUGAGAGAGCUUACCUGCUCGGACGUAUCGGUGAAAACUCAGAAAGUCUAAACCUAAGCGCUGCUUAAACCACUCAACCGACUGCGUCUCAGUUUGAAAUGGGCGGGAAGCUGUAAGAGCUCCCAGCGCUCUCUCUUCUGACAGUCAUUGGACGGCUGCAACUCGGCGCCGCACGUUGCCUCAUUUGUUCUUUCAUCCGAUUUCAGUCGCGAUUGGAAGCAUCGAGGGGCUCCUUUGAACUCUAGAUGACAGCAACUGGAUGGCAGUUUUUGUAACAGCGUGCACCUGCAUAUAAGGACUAUUCGAAGUGUAUUUGUGACUCGCAGAUCAGCUUUAGAUUUCUCAGCACUUCAUGUAGGGCGCCAAUUUUUUCAUCCGCAGCUGCGUCAUGACAUUUGGGUUUCAUCUGAACUGAUUUUUCUUCUAAAGGCUUUCCAGUAUUUUAUUUUAUUUUUCUUAAUAUAUUUUUUUUUAUCAGCGAUCAAGUGGAUGCAAGACCAGCACGACUGUACUAACAAGAGCCAGGCUGCUGGCUGUGCACACGCGCGAAGCAAAGACAAGGACGCAGGACAAAUCGUCAUUCUGAAUUUGGCUCGUGCGUAAAAACAACACAUUUUCGGCCGGUGGUAACUAAAAGCCUCCUCCUUGGAUAGAGAUGGCGUGAUAUCCCUGUUUUUCCGCGCUGAGAGCGAUCUCUACAGUGGGACGAUAUUAAGAGACGCUCAACAUCUUGUGAAGAUCAUGGCCGAAGCCCCAGAUGUAAACAGGUUGUCCACUGCUGCUGCAAGAGGAGACUUGAGAGAGACUGAGCAGAUUCUGAAGAGCAACAUGAACGUGAAUGCGAAGAACAUAUUCGGGAGGACACCACUGCAGGUGGUGAAACUUGGCUGCCCUUCUGUAGCGGAAGCCCUGCUACGCGCGGGCGCUGAUCCAAACGUGCGCGACCCGUGCGGGGGACUGACGGUAACGCACGACGCGGCGCGCGACGGCCACACGGACACGCUUCAGGUGCUGUUGCGGAAUGGAGCAGAUGUCAAUCUCCAAGACGACGCUGGUAAUCUGCCGUUGCAUCUGUCGGCUCGCGAGGGACAUCAGAGCGCAGUGGAGCUCCUGAUACCGCUUACCGAACACCCGCUUCUGCACAACCAUGCGGGUUUAACGCCCAUGGAUCUUGCAACACACCACCAUCGAGACAAUACGGCACGCUGGCUAGAGAACUACCUGUUUGUGCCUUCACAAUCAGAUUAGGCAGAGGGCCGCCUGCUUUGUGUUGUUACAGAGGUAGUAUAGAGAUACAUGCUGAAUGCGCCUUUUGGUAGUAUUAGAAAAUAUUCAGCUAACUACCUCCUUUUCAAAUUGUGAAAUUAAGAAAAUGAAGUUGCAAGAAAAGAGUCUGAACGAAGGCCAUUUUCAAGCACACACAAGGGCCAAACGUUUUUACAGGCCUAGGCUGCUUUCUAUUAGUUUCCUGUUACAUACAAUAAUCAUUCAUGAAAGUGUUUAAAUUGUUUCGAUUUUAAGGGACAUUCAGAUUAAUACAUUUUUAAUGUCAGGUGUCAUUUAAAAUCGCUUCUUCCUGAGUGCCAAACCCUCCCAGAACUAAAGCUGAACUGUAAUGGAAAUAAUGAUCAAAUGGUACUUUUCCUUGUUGGUGGUUGGUACCAACAAAGCUACACGUUUUGUACCGAAAUGAUGUAUAUUUAUAUACCCGAUAAGUUCUUGCAAUGUACAUUUUAAUUAGCUUUUUUUUUUUUUUUAAAUGUACACUUUCGGCAUUUAGCAGAAGCCCUUAUGGUUCACAAGGUCAAGAAGAAGAAUAUUAUCAGAAUUCUCUUGGGAGGUAAUAUAAGUACACUAUGAUAUAAUAUAAUAUAAUAAGAUAAGAUAAUAAAAUAAAAUAGUAAUAAUAAAUUAAUUAAUUUAAUAUAUAUAUCUUUGAAACUGGAAACCUGAAUACAGUACAAUCUUUGAAAUUGUUUAAGAAUUUGAGAAAUAAAAAAUGGGCCUUAAUUAGUUUUUAAAGUAAAGUUUAGUUUUCUUUAUAUGCAAAGGUGUAAACAUUUUGGAUAUCAACCAAAUCCCCGAGGAAAAGUACCCUUUUCUUUCUGAGCGUAUAGUUCUAGAGUACUAAAGACCCAUUAAUUAUGCAUCCUAAAUAAUUUAAAGUCAUUUUGGUAAUUUAUAAAAAGUGUUACAUCCAGUGUAUCUGAUGACCUAAAAUAUCAUCACGUAUAAAAUAUCAGAACUCAAUCCUGCUUCGAGAUAUUUCCCUUCCCUAUUUUACUAAAAAUUAUUGCACUAAAGGUCUCUAAAGGCCAGAAGCAUUUCUAAUUUGCUUUGCCCUUUUUUAUUUGCUUCCCUUUGUCAAAUAAAUUGCACUUUUGCUUGCAUUUUGAUAUUUGUAAAACUAUAACUGUGAAUGAAUGUGUUUUUGUUGUAAACAAGUGGUAUUUUUUCAAAAUAAACCAAAGACCAGGAUACACCAUUUCCAAAAAGGGCAAACCUGACCUAGCUUGCCUUUAGACUCACACUAUUUCUACACAAUAUCACUUUGUUUUAUUUAACUGAGCUGAUUUCCAACAUAAUACUACGUCACAAUGCAAAAGAUUAAAUUAGACGAAGCAUACUUGAACGUUACUAAUGGUUGUAUCUUUUAAUUAUAUGAAGAAAUACAAUGCUCGUUUUUAAAUGUGUGUUGUUUUGAUUAUUUAUAUCAGUUUAAUCAAUAUUCAUCUGUGGUGAUGAUUGAGUACAUGUUCUGUGUACUAUAUUUUAGAUGGAUUUAACCUUGAUAAUCUUAGAUCAUAAGUAAUAUCCAUGUUAAAUGAUCCAGUAAUGUUCAGUUUUUAUUAUAACAUGUUGUGUCCUGUUA